CUAAAGAUCGUUCAGCGAGAGUAGGCUUUCGAGUGGAGUGAUGACAAAUUUAUUUCCCUUUCUGAUGACAAUGCGCGAUGAGUGAUAUAAUUGGAUGGUGGAGUUGUUCCGACUUUCCUUUUGGAAGACAGUUGCUCUGUUCCUUCUUUCUCACAAAGCAUUAGAGCUUCCCCAUCUCAUCUUAGGCUGUGUUUCAGCUAUCGGCAUGUUUUCGAUCUGCAUUUUCGUUGCUCUCCAUAUUGAGUAGUCUGUUUCACUUCGGGUGUGUUAUGGCGACACGAGGUUGUGUUCAUCCGGUCGUGGAGCUGUAGGAGGCCUUUCUUGGUAAUUGGUGGCGCAUGUGCGAAGACGGACUUAUGAAAGAGCUAGUCCAGGAUAAUUUAGCUCCCCCGGGUCUGCUUGGUAACAAUGCGGAGGCGGGGUUCGAGCAUUGCGGUGUUCUGAUUUGCAAGGAAAUGUAUUCAUAAACCAGGAGUUCCGUGGUUAGUUUCGGGAACUUCCGGGUUCUUGAGGUAUGUAGAGUGGGCGCACUAUUUGAGACGCCGAAGUCGUCUUCCAGCUUGCCUCAUAUAUCUGCAGAUGUAGAUGAAGUGAAGGGAAAUCAUUUUGCCAUGGCCAAAAGCCAGAAACGCCGAAAUUGGGCGGCCAAGCUUGUUCAAGUGCAAAGCGGGCCAGUUUUCUCCACUAAACCAGGAUGGGCAGCACAGAAUACAGAGGGUGCAGAUUUUGGAGUGAGGAACAGGAAGCCCGAGGUUGUGAAGCAUCGAGGGCAGGGUGGCGUCAGAAUCGGGAAUGUAAGAGUGUCCUUUCCAGUUAAAUUUGGAAUUGGGUUUGGUGUGGGCGGCAUAGAUUCCGGUGGGGUCGUGCUUCGUCUUGCCCGUGUUGAAGGAGGCUGCGGCGUGCAGAAUGAUUAUGUUUUCGACAACAUUGUCAGCUCGGGGAUGAGACGAAGGAGUGGCAUGAAAUUGAAUUCUGCGGGUAACGUUCUGAAUGCUGCCAGCGUCCUCCUUCUUUCGCAGGCAUUUUGCGGGCCAGCUGCAACGGUUGCAAUGAGUUGCCUGGCUGUGGCGGGCUUCAUUCAAGCUCUUGUGCCCCAUGUCAUGAGAUUUUUCGCUCUCCAGUAUCCAUCAAGUUCAAUGAUAAUGAUACAAGAAUCUUUACCAUCUUCAGUGGAGGAAUUCUCAGCAGCUUCUUUACUGCUAUCCAUCGGGAUACCUCUACUGAAGUCGCAUAACCGACAGCUUUUUGAAACACUUCGGUGUGUUGGAGCGGCUAUACCUGUUGGAAUAGGCUAUGCGAUAACCACUAACCAAGUUAAAAAGCUGCCGAGGGGAGGAUUCAGAGAAGGAGAAAUGAUGUGGCGCCAGCGUCAUCGAUGGGCUGCACGACGUCUGUGUGGUCUAAUGACCGAGUUUCGAGAGCCAUCUUCGCUUGGUUGGUUAGUCGACUUCAUUGAGAAAUCUACUACCAUUUCAGGAACAAGAGGAUUCAUGUCAAGAUCGUCUUUACUGGAUGCUAAUCAACAAAGUCUACUCAUUAUGUCAACCCCUAUGCCUCUCUGCUUCAAAUCGAGAGAGACCUGCUCACAUCAAAUGGAAGCUGUAAAGGAGAUUGUCGUCUCUACUCCACCCGAUAUUAUGAAGAAGGAUCCAAAUGACGAUCUGGCAAUCAUGGAUUCUUACAAUUACAAUGGCAGUAUUGAACACAUUGUCGGUUCACUUCCAACAAAUGACUGGGAAGUGGUGGAAAGUACUGGAACAAAUGACUUUUUAAAUGAGCUUAAUGAAGUCUACUUUGGCUGGAGAGGCUUCAAACAGAAGUGGUCUUUAUUUUCCAGAGCUUGCUGGCUGGCUGUAAUUUUUAUCCCUUUUAUAGUGAUCGCUUCUCUAUUAUACUUUGUAUCGACGUUUUUAUCUGCAACUUGGGCGGAGUAUAUUCAGUGCAUGGUGUGGGUGAUGCUUCGAUAUUGCUUGGAGCAAGGAGGAGCUGCGUUUAUUAAGUGGGGUCAGUGGUCUUCGACAAGAGAAGAUCUUUUCCCUGAAAGCUUGUGUCGGAUUUUAGGCCGCCUUCACGAUCAAGCUCCAACUCACAGUUAUAAGCAAACUCGACUUGCUAUCUUGAAGCAUUUGAAGCGUCCUAUUGAAGAUAUUUUUGAUUAUUUUCCGUCAAAACCAUGUGCUUCUGGUAGUAUAGCGCAGGUUUACAAAGCAAGGUUGAAGGAUCGUGGCGAUGGCACGCCCUUAAAUGUAGCAGUGAAGGUGCGACACCCUUCUGUCGCAUUGAGGAUUUUCCAAGAUUUCCAAAUAAUGUCUAAAGUUGCGGACGUUGUGCAAGGACUUCCUGCUCUUCGAUGGUUGAACUUAAGACAGAGUAUUGAUCAAUUCUCACAUACGAUGACAUCCCAGGCAGAUUUGCGGGUGGAGGCUAUAAAUUUACAAAGAUUCUAUAACAAUUUCCAAGGAUUACAUCAAACAGUAGUAUGGCCGAAGCUCAUACCUGAUCUUGUUUCUGAAGGCGUAAUUGUGGAGACUUUCGAGAGAGGAAGUGCAUUACAUGAAUUUCUACGAAAAAGAUCCUCACUUAACACACAGAUUGCUGCAGUUGGCGUGGAUGCGUACCUCAAGAUGAUUCUCACUGAUAACUUCGUGCACACAGAUUUGCAUCCUGGCAAUAUACUCGCAAGGAUGGCAGAAAAUGACAAAGGAGAGUGCAUAGAUCAGUUGCAGUUGGUGCUGCUUGAUUUUGGCCUAGCCGAGGAGUUACCACCUCGAGUGCGAUACCACUUCCUUUCCUUUAUCAUGAACAUUGGUGCAGCUGAUGGAGAGCGUGCGGCACAACAUCUACUAAAUUUUUCCUGGCCAAAUCCACAACGAUGUCCUAAGCCCGAGCUUCUUGUUGCUGAUAUGAAAGAGCUAUUUAGAUGUGAAUGUGACUUGAGAGUUCGACCCAUAGACCUCAACUACGUUUUGAAACAGGUGCUACAACUUUGUCGAAAGCAUGAAGUUACAAUAGAUAGCUCGUACGCAUCCCUUGUUGUUGCUGUCUGUGUGCUGGUUGGAUUUGCUCGAAGCUUGGACCCAGAGCUGUCCAUCAUGGAUGCGGCGGUACCUUGCCUGUUCUUGUACAAUCUCAUCGGUCGGAUUCCUGGUGGAAUUUACGGAUAAUUCGCAGCACGACCACGUCUCAACUAUAAUCAUCACUCCAAAUCUGCAGUUUCACGAGUUCAUGCGAAACGGCAGCUUAGUUGGUUAUGCCAAAAAUACUUGAACAGGUCCAGAUAGCGCAAGAUAUUUCGACAUCAGAGGAGUCAGACUUCGCCCCGAUUUGAAUGAAAUCUCAUUUCGUGACUCUUCCUUUUCUUGACUCGGCUGCAAGCAGACCAUGUAGAAUCACAGGUGUGGACCUUUCCAUCUCUGUAAGCAUAGAGAGUAUAUGUUACAUCUGCUAAAUCCAAGUCCUCGAUCAAGCACAUGAGCAUGAUAUGUGGAAAAAUUUGUCGACUACUAUUUGCGACUUAAUUUUGGAUAACAUCUAAAAUCACAGCUAGGUGUAAAUUAUUAUUGAGUCAGCGAGGAGAGCUGUCUUGGUAUCUUGGAGUUAUCCUUUACCAUGUGCAGUGACAUGUGUAUCCCUUCGCUCAACAGCUGCACCCAAGAACAAUUUUCGUUCUAAUCGAAUGCAAUAUUUCUAUCUACA